UCUACGAUCUCGAAGACUCCGAACGAUCUCAAGAAUGGCCUCCGCCGCCGCCACUCUCGGUCGUGUAGAAACUGCCGCAAACCGCACCGUCGCUAUAGCCACCUACCGCCAUCUCCUUCGCGCAACACGAAUAGCAUUCUCGGGCGACAAUAAAGUCCUCCAAGCCGCACGUUCGCACGCCCGCACCCAAUUCUCCGCCGGCGCCCGCCACGCCCCGGGCUCUAUCGAAGCAGCGCAAGGAAUCGAACACGCACAAGGCGUCACGCAGAUAUUACGAGAGAACUUGGUGCAAGGGAAGAACGUGGGAGGGGACAAGUGGAAGUUGAAUAUUCAUGAACAUACACAGAGGUUGGAUAAUGAUACCGCGGGAAAUUUGAAGGGAACGAGGAAGAGCUUCAAAGAGAUCAAGGAGAGCGUUUUCUAAGAGGCGGAAUGGAGGCUGAUGUGGGCACUGAGGAGGGACUGCAUUCCAGCUUGAAAAGGGAGGCAGCAGGCUCACGAUGAAGCCAGAGAUUUGCUGGGCUGUGCAAGGAACGUGAGGAAUCGCCGGAGAAAAUCCUCCCAAUCUGGACAACGUUCGAUACAGCGAUCG